AUGAGAAAAGACGAAACGCUCGCAAACCGUGUCAGGAAGAAGAAGUCUCAGAGCACGCCGAUCCCGGUGAGCCUGCCCUGGAAGCAGCAGAAGCGCUCGGGCACCAUAACGCUGAAGCGGACGCGCCUAAGCAAGUGGAAGGGCAAUACACGGGAGCGCGGUUUGAGCCCUUUCCGACGCCGGAGGCGUCGCCUCCUACAUCCUUUCUCGCGGUGCUUACCGAGCUCGACGUGA